CUGGAGUCUCUGGAGUCUGUAGUCUCUGUAGUCUAUGUAGUCUCUGGAGUCUGUAGUCUCUGUAGUCUCUGCAGUCUCUGUCGUCUCUGUAGUCUCUGCAGUCUCUGUAGUCUCUGGUGUCUUUAGUCUCUACAGUCUCUGCAGUCUCUGUAGUCUGUAGUCUCUGUAGUCUCUGCAGUCUCUGCAGUCUCUGCGGUCUCUGGAGUCUGUAGUUUCUGCAGUCUCUGCAGUCUCUGUAGUCUCUAGAGUUUCUGUCUCUAGAGUUUCUGCAGUCUCUAGAGUCUCUGGAGUCUCUGUAGCUCCACAGUUGAUCCAGUUCAGUUCAGCUGCAUUAAGGUGAGUCAAGGUGGAUUGAGGCAUUUGAUUCAGGCCUUUAUCUGCUUGUAAGGAGGACGUUGGUGUCAGUCAGGUGUGUUUCAGGUGAUAAACACCUCACUGUGUUUGUCAGUAUUGUUUGCUUUCUGAAUAAUUCAGAGUCAACUGAUAUCACACUGCUCCUUCACCUGGACCAAAGCUCCGCCCCCUUACGCCUGACCACCUUUAUAUCUGAGACGCAUACACAGCACCCUCAAUUCACUUACAGAUCACACCGCAGCCAGACUCUCAGCAGACUCUCAGCAGACUCUCGGCAGACGUUUGGUUUUAGGUGGACAGACGUUUGGUACACUUUCAAUCAACUUUCAGACUCUUGUCAGACCUUCAGUAGACUCUUGACAGACUCUCAGGAUGGCAAACACAGCAGCAGAGCUGGCCAGAAGGAAGGCCCGUGAGGAGGAUGGCGCCGGCAGCACGGCCAACGCCAUCCCCUUCAAUCAGCAGGACUUUGAACAGUUGCGGUGCGAGAGUCUUCAGUCAGGCUCGCUGUACUGCGACCCAACCUUCCCCGCAGACUGGGACUCUUUGGGGUACAACCAGCUGGGACGCUACUCCUCCAAAACCAUCGGAGUGGAGUGGAAACGACCUACGGAGCUGUGUUCAGACCCUCAGUUCAUCAUUGACGGAGCGAAAAGAACGGACAUCUGUCAGGGAGUGCUGGGUGACUGCUGGCUGCUGGCCGCCAUCGCCUCCCUGACUCUGGACCCUCAGAUCCUGAACAGGGUGGUUCCUCCUGGACAGAGCUUCAGCUCGCAGUAUGCCGGCAUCUUCCAUUUCCAGCUGUGGCAGUACGGCGAGUGGGUGGACGUGGUGGUGGACGACCGGCUACCCACCAAAGACGGGAAGCUGCUGUUCGUGCACUCAGCAGAGGGAGGAGAGUUCUGGAGCGCCCUGCUGGAGAAAGCCUAUGCCAAGGUCAACAGCUCGUACGAGGCUCUGACCGGAGGAUCCAGUAUCGAAGGAUUCGAGGAUUUUACCGGAGGAAUCGCUGAGAGCUACGACCUGAAGGAGGCUCCGCCCUUCCUGUUCAACAUCAUUAGGAAAGCUCUGAAACUGGGCUCACUGAUUGGCUGCUCCAUCAAUAUUACCAGUUCGUAUGACACGGAGGCUAUCACUGGUCAGAAGCUGGUGAAAGGCCACGCCUACUCCAUCACUGCGGCGCAGCAGGUUCAGCACCGGGGCUCUCCUGUGGACCUGCUGAGGAUCAGGAACCCCUGGGGUCAGGUGGAGUGGACCGGAGCCUGGAGCGACGAUUCAAAGGAGUGGGAUGGAGUUCAGUCGGAGGAGAGGAGGAAGCUGGAUCACUCUGCUGAUGAUGGAGAGUUCUGGAUGUCCUACACCGAUUUCCUGCGUCAGUUUUCCCGCCUCGACAUCUGUAACCUGACACCGGACACACUGAGCAGCGACGAAGUAGGCCACUGGAACCACGGCGAGUUCGAAGGCGUGUGGAGGGUUGGCUCCACUGCCGGAGGCUGCAGGAACUACCCGGCCACGUUCUGCUCCAACCCUCAGUUCUUCAUCCGGCUGGAGGAUGUGGACGACGACCCUCACGACGGCGAGGAUGGCUGCACCGCCCUGAUUGGUCUGAUGCAGAAAGACGCUCGCAGGGAGAGGCGUUUUGGACGCGACCUCAACACCAUCGGAUUCGCCAUCUACGAGGUUCCUGAUGAGUAUAAAGGUCGUAGUAACGUCCACCUGGGCCCGGACGUCCUGCUGAGGAGGACGGCUGUGGCUCGCAGUCAGAACUUCAUCAACCUGAGAGAGGUGUGCGACCGAUUCAAACUGCCACCCGGAGAGUACACCAUCGUCCCGUCCACCUUCGAACCGCACCGCAAAGGAAGCUUCAUCCUGAGGGUGUUCACCGAAAAGCAGGCCCACAGCAGUCCGAUGGAGGAGGACGUUAACGUGGACAUCCAGGAGCCUGAUGUGGGACAGAACGACGUGGAUCCUCACUUCAAACGUCUCUUUGUGCAGAUCUCUGGAAAUGACUCCGAAAUUUCUGCCUUAGAGCUCCAACAGAUUCUGGACAAAGUGGUCGCUCAGAGAUCUGAUUUACAAACUGACGGCUUCAGUCUGCAGACGUGUCGCAACAUCAUCAGCCUGCUGGACAUGGACGGCAGCAGUAAACUGGGUCUUCAGGAGUUUCAUCGUCUGUGGAUGAAGAUCCAGAAAUACCUGGAGAUCUUUAAGAGUCACGACUCCGAUGGUUCUGGAACGAUGAGCAGUCAUGAGAUGAGAGCAGUGCUGGCUGAAGCAGGUUUCCAGGUGAACAGCGCUGUGAUUCGGGAGAUCGUCGGCCGUUAUGCUGACACGAGUUACGCCAUCGACUUCGACUGUUUCGUCGGCUGUCUGAUCCGUCUGGAGAUGCUCUUCAAGAUGUUCAGGACUCUGGACAAGAAGAACCAGGGGAAGAUCCAACUGGACCUGCAGCAGUGGCUCUGCCUCGCCAUCAACUGAUGCCCGCCCACUGCAGUGCAUGCUGGGAGUUCUGUUUGAAAGCUUUCAAAUAAAGUCUGGAUCUGAAUACGUCUUUAACUGUGUGUGGAGCUUUAAAAGAUUUAAGAUGGAAAUUAAAAGUGAAUACAAAGUGA